UUCCAGUUUACGUUGAUCCAAAAUUCGAAUUUUCAGAUAAGUUAAAGAACGACAAGGAUGCAUUCAUACAUUUUGUUAAUGUUAGUAAUUUUGAUGUGCAAUGGGAAUUUUUGAAUCCUGAUUACAACUUCACGAAUUUAAGGACAAACAUGAGAUAUAACAAUAUCAACAUCUUAUUCAUCCUGGUUAAGAAUCAUGAGCAUGUGCCCCAUUUGAAGAAACUUUUGGGUGAUGUUAUCAUCACCAAUGAUGAUUUAUCAUUUAAGUACCAAUCGGAUAAUAAUCAAGAAUUUACAACUAUCCUUCGAAAAUUUAAUCCACAAACUUUUCUCAGCGUUUGUAAAAAGCAUAAAAUUGCUACUUCUUACAAUAAAACAUCUUUAAGUUCAUAUUGUAAUGUGAAGAAUAUCAAGCUGGGAAAUAUUUUAGAAACGGAAACUAAGAGAUGGUG